AUGGCUGAAAAAGCUCAACCGACAAUCUCAGCUAAUGAGUUGGCUUUGCACUGCAGUGCUUUGCAAAGGAAAGCAAAUGGAAGCUCUAUGGAGAAGCUUAUGGCUCUCAUGAAAGCUGAGAAAGGAAAUCGUGAGCACAUCUUGCUGACAGAGCCAUAUCCUAAUUCUAACCAUCUGCAUGAAAGGUCACGGAGGCUAACCCUAGAAUCUGUACUAUCAUGGCAUGUCCAGAACCAAACACGAAUCACAGAGUUCCUGCUGCUGGGAUUUGGUAAACAUCAAUACUUUAAUGUGAUCCUUUUUGUUCUAUUUUUGGUUCUCUACAUCAUAUCUUUACUGGGAAAUGUUCUAGUUAUUCUUUUGGUUGUGAUGAAUCGAAGUCUCCAUUCUCCCAUGUACUUUUUUCUCAGCCAGAUGUCCAUGUCAGAACUUUUAUUCACCAGUAAUAUUGUUCCAAACAUGCUGCAUCUCGUUCUGGCCGGAGGAGGCAAUGUGUCAGUUUCUAGAUGCAUUAUCCAGUUUUGUGUCUCGGGUGUCGCUGCCAUUGCCCAAUGCUUCAUUCUAGCUGUGAUGUCCUUUGAUCGAUAUAUCGCAAUUUGUAAUCCUUUCCGCUACACAAAAAUCAUGACCUUUAAACUGCAGGUUCAUGCUGUUAUUGGUUGUUGGUCAUUGGGAUGUCUGCUUUGUCUUAUUGUCUAUCUUUUUCUCUAUGAGUUAGAAUUCUGUGAUUCCAACAUCAUUGACCAUUACUACUGUGACAUUGCUCCAGUGUUAAAACUUUCCUGCUCAGAUACCACAGCCGUGGAGCAGUUGGCAUCUUUGCUUUCUACUCCAGUUGUUGUCUUCCCAUUUCUUGUUAUAAUUGCUACGUACAUUUCCAUCCUUCUCACUAUCCUGAAGAUCCCAACCAUCAGCGGGAGACAAAAAGCUUUCUCCACCUGCAGCUCCCACCUGAGCAUUGUGUACUAG